GCCCCUGCUGGGAUCUAUUGGGCCACGUGACUGGAUAGUACACGUUAGGGCAGCCAUCGUUUUACCUAAUUCAUGUCCAACCCAGAAUGGGAAAGAGGUGGAAGGAUUGGAGAGGAUAGAACGAACAGCAAUGCAAUAGCUUGGGUAUUGUGUUUAAAUUGGAGAAAAACAAACUCGCUUUUCCAAUCCUCUCUGUAGGUUUUAUUGGUUGAAAACAAGAAGUUGCCAAGGUGGGCUUGAACCAAGACCUGGCCUGAUCCUGUUACCUGGCAACCAGUGACUGGGCACCAAUCCUUGCCUCCUGAUUGGCUGUGACAGAAGCAGGCUGUAGAGGUGGUGAGGAGGGGGCAACCGAAAACAAACUACUUUGCUCACCCCCUUUUUUAGUUUCUUCUUUGUUUUGAAGGGGGGGGGGGGGAGAGGAGCACUCGGCAGGAGGAGUGCUCUGUGGGCGCUCUAACUUCACAGAGGAGCAUGGGGCAGAGUGUUCCUGGAGGCAUAAAGACUAUUGACAUGAGGGACCCGGCAUUCAAGCCUCUGGAGUUGGCAGCUCUGGACCAUAACAAGCCCUCCAGGCUGGAUCUGCUGCUGGACAUGCCCCCUGCUGGACAGGAGGUCCAGAUGCAGCACUCGUGGAACAACAACGACCGAUCGCUCAACAUCUUCGUCAAGGACGACAACAAACUGGUCUUCCAUCGGCACCCCGUGGCUCAGAGCACGGAUGCCAUCCGGGCCUGUGUCGGCUACACCCGGGGGCUACACAUCUGGGAGAUCAGCUGGGCCAUGAGACAGCGGGGCACGCACGCCAUCGUCGGCGUGGCGACAGGAGACGCGCCUCUUCAUUCUGUAGGCUACACGACCCUGGUGGGUAAUAACCACGAGUCCUGGGGCUGGGACCUGGGACGGAAUAGACUUCACCACGAUGGAAAGAAUCAGCCCAGUAAGAUGUACCCUGCGUUCCUGGAGCCGGAUGAGACGUUUAUAGUCCCCGAUUCAUUCCUGGUUGUGUUGGACAUGGACGAGGGGACUCUGAGCUAUAUUGUGGAUGGACAAUACUUAGGGGUGGCUUUCAGAGGACUCAAGGGGAGGAAGCUGUACCCUGUCGUCAGUGCUGUGUGGGGGCACUGUGAAAUACGAAUCCGCUACAUCAAUGGACUCGAUCCUGAGCCUCUCCCUCUGAUGGACCUGUGUCGGCGCUCCGUGAGGGUAGCUCUGGGCAGAGAACGACUGAGUGAGAUCCAUGGUCUGCCUCUACCAGCCUCUCUCAAGAAUUACCUGCUCUACCAAUGACCCCCUCAGCACAACAUAGAGAACAUCUCUUAGAUCCGUGGACUGCCCCGUCUGUUGCCUCAAUACAUACACAGAACAUGUCUCUCUCUCUCUCCUGACUGCCCCGUCUGUUGUCUCAAUACAUACACAGAACAUGUCUCUCUCUCUCUCCUCUGACUGCCCUGUAUGUUGUCUCAAUACAUACACAGAACAUGUCUCUCUCCUCUGACUGCCCUGUCUGUUGUCUCAAUACAUACACAGAACAUGUCUCUCUCUCUCUCCUCUGACUGCCCUGUCUGUUGUCUCAAUACAUACACAGAACAUGUCUCUCUCCUGACUGCCCCGUCUGUUGUCUCAAUACAUACAGAAAACAUGUCUCUCCCUCGCUCUGUCUGUCUCUGGGAUUUUCCCCAUCAGAAGGGUAGCUCAACCAGUUCAACAACUCAACACAUCACUCCAGCCUCUCGGUUCGAGCUCUGACUCAUCCUUCCCAGCCCUCAGGGUUGGUUUGUACCAGUCACACCAGAGUGAGAAGAACAUCAUUGUGUGAUGCUUGGAGUGUUCAGGAAGCCGUAGAGCCCAUGGUUGGUAAUGGGUCAAGUCUUUUUUUAUUUUAGGUCUAUAAUCCUGUUUAUGAUGGUUUACUUCAAUAUAAUGAGAUAUCCACGUCGAUGACAGGCAUGACAUGCAGAGGGCUUUAUGCGUAUCUUUGCUGGUCCUGAGGGCUUUGAGAUGACUGCCAUAUUGGUACUACAAUAUGUCUUGUCUGUCUGUGUUGAAGUGCAAUGAGUUUAAAUGGUACGGUCAGUCUGUUGUGACCGCAACACCUCCUUAAUAGUGAUUUUUGACUUUGUCUCACCUUUUCCGUUUUGUCUUCUUAAAUGAAAAUUCAAUCAAGUGAUUGCUGCAUGACAUGUCCUGUUGGUAAAUAGUUGGUUUGUUGUGUUGGAGUCCAACCCCCCCCUUCAGUUUGGUGGAGGGCUGUUGUGUGGUAUAACAGAUGGGUUUGUUGUGUUGGAGUCCAACCCCCCCUUCAGUAUGGUGGAGGGCCGUUGUGUGGUAUAACAGAUGGGUUUAUUGCAUGUUGAAAACUAUUUGUAAACACCACAAGGUGGUGCCAUUUCUCAUCUUUACUUGUUCCUCCUCUUUUAGUGGUCCGUCAGGAAAUGGUACUCCUUUUUAUAUACUUGAGAGAUUUUAUGAGAUUUCCUUGGAAGGUUUUUAAUAAAGUUAGUUAGUGCUCACCUUCCUCACACUCUCCAGUAGACGAUGGUUGAUCUCAGCCCAGACUGCGUGUGCCUGGUGAUGGCCAUGCACUGACCACCUGUUACUAAGGUGGUGAUACAACUCCAUUACUCCUGGAAACACCAGCACCGCAGUUUGUCCUUCAAGGUGACCGUACACCUACCCCCAACCUUUUAAAGGGACAGUUCACCCAAAUUACACCCCCCCCCCCCCCCCCCCAAUGACAGUAUAAGCUGUCUGGACAAGGACGGAGUACAAUCCAAGCUUUGGGUUCGUUUACCUAGAAUCCCGUUAUCCAUAGACUGCUUUCAGGGUAAAAAAAAAAAAAGAAAGUAUAAUUUUAUUUGGGUGAAGUGUGCCUUUUAACUCAGCGCAGCAGAGCAAUCAGGUUUUCUCCAUGCAAUAUUUGAAGCACCUGUUAAAUGUACCGAUGUGCCCAACAGAUUUUUAUGGAAGAGCUUUUCAUAUAGGAAUGAUGACAUCGCUGUGAGAAUUUCUAACAUGUACUAGCAGACUGUUUUUGUCAUUGGUCGCCAAGCCAUUCACUGUACAAUGUCCGUGACCAAUAGUCUUUCUCUCUGCUUCGGACCCAUGGACUCUUUCAUGCGUACCAAGGACUUGUUUGUGUAUAAGGGAUGGUUAGGUAAUUCUGAAAUGUGUGUGGGGAUGUCGUUGGAAGGUGUGGGGUCUUCUUUUAAUUUUUAAUAUCUAUUGUUUUGUUUUAGUUAGGAAAGCAUAUGUUCAAACGGUACUCUGUUUCCUGUAUAGUGGUCUACCUUUUUUUUUUUUAAUGGGCGGAUGUAGUCGGCGUUGUGCUGGGCAUUGACUGCGUCAAUCGUUUUUUUUUCUAGUUUGCUCAUUUUAAUUUUCUUUAUGUAGUAACUUCCAUAAUAAAAGUUUAUUUCAAAAUAUA